AGCCGGAAGUAGCUGUCGGGGAGGCUUGGACGUGGGGGUUGUGGGUGUCCUCGCUUGUGUCGCCAUGGCGGUCCCGUGGAUGCUGUGGCUUUCCUUGCUCCUGGUGGUUCUCCCGCCCUUUGCCUCGCCUUUCUACCUCCCUGGCCUGGCCCCCGUUAACUUCUGUGAGAAAUCGGACAAGGUCUCCGAUUGCAAGUCUGUGAUAGAACUAUUUGUAAAUAGACUGGACUCUGUGGAAUCUGUCCUUCCUUAUGAAUAUACUGCAUUCGAUUUUUGUCAAGCAGAUGGAGGAAAACGACCUUCUGAAAAUCUUGGUCAAGUAUUGUUUGGUGAAAGGAUUGAGGCAUCCCCCUACAAGUUUAUAUUUAACCAAAAAGAAGCAUGCAGACAUGUUUGUACAAAAGAAUAUGAUCUUAAUAAAUCAGAAUAUAGGCAAAAAUUGCAUUUUCUGAAAAAGAAUAUGCUGUUAAACUAUCAGCAUCAUUGGAUUGUAGAUAAUAUGCCUGUAACAUGGUGUUAUGAGGUUGAAGAUAACCAGAAAUUUUGCAAUCCUGGAUUUCCCAUUGGUUGUUAUAUUACAAAAGAUAGACAUCCCAGAGGUGCCUGUGUUAUAAGUUCAGAAUUCCACGAAUCAGAUACGUUCUAUAUAUUCAACCAUGUGGAUAUUAAAAUAGUCUAUCAUGUUGUGGAAAAUGAAGCACCAAGGGCGAGACUUGUCGCUGCUAAACUUGAACCAAGAAGUUUCAGGCACACGAAUGUUGACAAUCCAGACUGCUCAGGACCACCUAUGGAUUUAAGCAACUCAUUUGAUAAUGGAAUUAUCAAAAUUGCUUAUACAUAUUCAGUUAGUUUUGAGGAAAAUAAAGAAAUCAGGUGGGCAUCCAGAUGGGAUUACAUUUUAGAAUCGAUGUCCCACUCGCACAUACAAUGGUUUAGUAUAAUGAAUUCUCUGGUGAUUGUCCUUUUCCUCUCUGGAAUGGUAGCUAUGAUCAUGCUAAGAACGCUGCAUAAGGACAUUGCAAGAUAUAACCAGAUGGAUUCUACAGAAGAUGCUCAGGAGGAAUUUGGCUGGAAAUUGGUUCAUGGUGACAUAUUUAGACCCCCACGAAAAGGAAUGCUGCUUUCUGUGUUUCUAGGUUCUGGAACUCAAAUUUUAAUUAUGACAUUUGUUACAUUAUUCUUUGCUUGCCUGGGAUUUUUAUCGCCUGCAAAUCGAGGAGCGUUAAUGACUUGUGCCGUGGUCUUGUGGGUGCUUCUUGGAACCCCAGCAGGUUAUGUUGCUGCCAGGUUCUACAAAUCAUUUGGGGGAGAGAAAUGGAAGACAAAUGUUCUCCUGACAGCUUUCCUUUGCCCCGGCAUUGUGUUUGCAGAUUUCUUCAUCAUGAAUCUCAUUCUUUGGGGAGAAGGGUCGUCAGCAGCCAUUCCAUUUGGCACUUUGCUUGUUGUUCUGGCACUUUGGUUUUGUAUAUCAGUACCACUGACUUUCAUUGGGGCCUACUUUGGUUUUACAAAGAAUGCCAUAGAACAUCCAGUCCGUACGAAUCAGAUUCCUCGUCAGAUUCCAGAACAGUCAUUUUAUACAAAACCACUCCCUGGGAUUGUUAUGGGAGGCAUUCUGCCCUUUGGAUGCAUCUUCAUACAGCUUUUUUUCAUUCUUAACAGCAUAUGGUCUCAUCAGAUGUAUUACAUGUUCGGCUUCUUGUUUCUGGUAUUCAUUAUUUUGGUUAUCACAUGUUCUGAGGCUACUAUCCUACUUUGCUAUUUCCAUUUAUGUGCAGAGGAUUACCACUGGCAGUGGCGCUCAUUUCUUACGAGUGGUUUUACUGCUGUUUAUUUCCUAAUAUAUGCAGUGCACUACUUCUUUUCUAAGCUUCAAAUUACGGGUACAGCAAGCACCAUUUUGUACUUUGGCUACACCAUGAUAAUGGUCUUGAUCUUCUUCCUUUUUACAGGAACAAUUGGAUUUUUUGCUUGCUUUUGGUUUGUGACCAAGAUAUACAGUGUGGUAAAAGUUGAUUGAAGAUACUCGAUGCAGAAACUAUCAACCUAAUUUAAAUACAUGUUUUUGGAAAAGAAUGUAAGCUUUAUCGAAAGUAUUGACUUAUGUACUUUCUGAAUGAUACAGAAUAUACACUUUUUCUCAUUCAAACGUUUGUAUUGUAAUUUUGCAAUCUGUUUUCACUUGGUGUUCUUAAUGAAGACUGAAUAUAAAUGUUGUAUGCAUUUGUAAAUAUUGUUAUAUUGGAACUUUUAAAUUCUAAUGAAUGCUUAUAUAAGUGCUGCCUUGCAGGAUUUAAUAAUUCUUCUGAAAGAAUAGUUGUAAAUAAGGUUUUCUAGGUUUGCUGGGUGGGGUUAAUUAUUUUUUCAAAGGAAAGAACUUAUUUCUAUCAUGCUUUUGAAGGUUGACUCCAUGUAUUGCGAUUAGUUUGAAUGUUUCUGUUUUAUACAAAGCCAGGGCCAUAAAUCCCUGUCUUUUCUGUCCUGUGAUUCCAUUUGGUUCUAGUGGUAGUGGCCUUUGAGACUAUGCGCCUCCUAAGUUCUGCAACCUAUACAAUUCAUAAUAAAUCAGCUAUUUUCAGUU